CAAGACAGAGGACGUGGACACUGGGGGAUGGGAUGGGGGCUUGGCAGGAACUGUAAUAAACUACGUCAUGGCACUCCACUUAUCUUAAAUAGUACUGCAACCGGUAGGACCGUAUCUGAAACGAAAGAGAAUAACACGAUUACUGCGACAUAUACAUUGCAUUAGUAUUUUUCAUCGGUUUCAAGGAGAAAACGGACUAAACUAAUACUUUCUACCUACCUCAGUAGAAAAAUUGCUUUAUUUUCCUUUUUAUUUUAAAGUCGAUCUGAUUAAGGCUAUUUAAAGGAUAUUCUGUAUUUCCGAAUUAAUUCUAGGGCGUGCGUCAAUUUUCCUUUGCACAUCGAAAAGACUUGGUGAUGGAGUCGGAAAAGACAAAGGUGACGUGCAAUCUAUUGUUUGCUGUGUCCGUGGCUGUAAUUGGUUCACUGCAGUUUGGAUACAACACAGGUGUUAUAAAUGCCCCAAGUGCGGUCAUUAAAGAGUUUUACAAUGUGACUUGGAUGACAAGGACUGGUGCGGCGAUGACAGACUCUGUCAGCACACUUCUCUGGUCACUAUCUGUGGCCAUCUUUUCUGUUGGUGGAAUGAUUGGUUCUUUCUCUGUUGGCUUAUUUGUCGACCGCUUUGGCAGGCGGAAUUCCAUGCUCAUGGUGAACAUCCUUGGCAUUUUAGGUGGUGCCUUGAUGGGCUUCUCCAAGCUGUGUAGCUCCUUUGAGAUGCUGAUUAUUGGACGGUUGGUUAUUGGACUGUUCUGUGGUCUUUGCACAGGAUUUGUACCUAUAUACAUUGGUGAGGUCUCUCCAACCAAACUGCGUGGUGCCUUUGGAACGUUACACCAGCUGGGAGUGGUUAUUGGCAUUCUAAUUGCACAGAUUUUUGGUCUGGAGGCUAUUAUGGGUUCAGACACCCUCUGGCCACUUCUGUUGGGGUUCACCAUCUUUCCUGCCAUCCUGCAGUCCAUUGCCUUGCUUUUUUGCCCUGAGAGUCCACGGUUUCUGCUAAUUAACAAGGCACAGGAAGAUGAAGCUACACAUGUUCUGCGGAAACUCCGAGGUAUAGAUGAUGUUAGUCAAGACAUUCAGGAAAUGAAGGAGGAGAGUGCUAAGAUGGCAUUAGAGAAGAAGGCUACAAUGAUCGAACUGUUCCGCUCUGCUAACUAUCGCCAGCCAAUCAUAAUUGCUAUAGUUCUGCAACUCUCACAGCAGCUUUCUGGCAUCAACGCUGUAUUCUACUAUUCAACAGACAUCUUUAAAGAAGCAGGAGUGGAACAACCAAUCUAUGCCACAAUUGGUGCUGGUGCAGUCAACACUGUAUUCACUAUUGUUUCACUCUUUCUUGUUGAGCGUGCUGGUCGUCGAACCCUACAUCUGAUUGGUUUAGGAGGAAUGGCUGGCUGUGCCGUUUUAAUGACAUUAGCUCUUGUAUUCCUGAAAACAUAUACUUGGUUGAGUUAUGUUAGCAUCAUUGCCAUCUUUGGGUUUGUUGCCUUCUUUGAAAUGGGGCCUGGGCCUAUCCCUUGGUUCAUCGUGGCCGAGCUGUUCAGCCAGGGUCCCCGACCUGCAGCCAUGGCCAUAGCUGGCUUCUGCAACUGGUCUUCCAAUUUCCUUGUAGGGAUCCUUUUCCCAUAUGCAGAGGCUGCCUUAAAGGCAUACGUCUUCAUAAUCUUCGUCAUUUUCCUGGUCCUGUUUUUCAUUUUCACCUACUUCAUGGUGCCUGAGACUAGAGGCCGCACAUUUGAAGAUAUUGCCAAGACAUUCAAGACCAGUGAACCACAGGUUGAAAGCCCAGGUGAGAAGGGUCUAAUGAUGGAGCUCAACAACACUGGCUCUGCAAAGGACCUGAGCAAGAACAACUCUGUCAUCUAAGGUAACUUUCCCGUUUCAAAAAAGAAACCAUUCAUUGGAUCGCCUAGAACAAUGAAUCAGUUAUGACCUUACCUCUCAGCUCUCCUACUGUAUUAGGCCAGCCUUUCAGUUUUACAGCUUAACAUCCCUUUGCUCUGCACAGCAAAGGUUUAACCAUAUAGACUGUUCAGGCUUCUUUAGUAUCAACAUUGAGUUCCUCUGCAGUUAGUCUGAGGAACAGAGAGGUUGGCAUUUCCACCUUGUGUUAAACAUUAAUCCUUAAGUUGUAUCUGUUCCACUGCCUUGUAUGUAAAGGUGUAUCCAGGAUAAUAUCAGAUUUCACAAAGCUGAGUUUCUCUGCACUUAUCAGUAAGUGCACACAAGUAGGCAUUUCCUUCACAUUUCCUUGUAAGCUGCUAUGAACAUUUGCCUGCACUGUUCCUGCGUCAUGGUUCCACAGUAAAAACAGUUGAGAUGUACGAUCAAGAUUUCUUGUACACUGAGACCUCUGUUGUAAAUGACCAUGCAUUUCAGAAGCCAAGAAGCAAACUCCAUAUGUUUACAUGUCAUGCAAAAAAAGUGCCGAGACAUGCAGGUAUCUUUUUUUGUAGCAGCUGUUAGACUACUCUGUCCUAAGAAGUUUUGUUUGUUUAUUUCCCUUGUGAACAAACUCUGGUGUCAAAAAGAUGCUUAAUUUUUUGGCACUAGCAUUGGUCUUUUUUUUUAUAUAAACAAGGUACCAAUAUCCAAAUAACCAAAACAAAUAGAGCAUUACUUUGUUUUCAUUUGUUUUUAUACUACCUGUAAACAGUAUUCAUUUGAAAAGAAUCAAUGUUAUGACUGUGGCCAAUAUUUUAAAGUUGUGUGGAUGUCACUGGCCCUGCCCUCAGCAGUUCUGCUGUAAAGGGGACCAGACUAGUUACAGGGUGUGCAAUAACUUGAAUUUUCAUUUAUUCUGUUACUGUUACAUAUUUUGUAUGAUGUUAUUUUUUUAUUUUGUAUUUAUUUAAAUACUUUGUAGUGUCUAAAUUAUUGUAUAAAUGUGUGCCUGUGUAUGGAGAAAACACUGCAGAGUUUUGUCAAAAUGUCAGCCACAUACUGUAUGUCGUGUUUACAUUUUAAUUAUGCGUAUUGUGUCAUUGUGCACUGGUUGGGUUUUCUUCAUGUGCAAUAGCAGUUCCUUUAUGGGUUUGUUAUGAUUGCAGUUGAAUGAUGUGUGAGCAUACACACGGGAGAAAAGACUGAUAAAUUGUAUGACUGAACUUGGCCACCAAUAUUUAGGGUAUUGUGAAAGGAGAACGAAAAUUGGGAGUUCUAAGGACAGAAACUUAGAGGAUAUGAAAGUGCUUUUUUGUUUCCAUGAAAGAAGCACAAAAGUAGAAGUAGUUUUCUAAUUUUUUUUAAUUAGGCCAUUCUGAUUGGCUCAACAAUCUGUUUUCAGAAAUUGGUCUUGUAGACAGAAAGGGAAGUAAAACUUAUUGUUGCCAUGAAGAAGUUGUGCCCCUGUACUCUGGGCUAAAUGAUUUACUUAGCUUAAUGACACAGCAAAACCGUUCACUUUCUAAGUGACGUUGGAUUGUUGUGCAGCCUUCAGAAUGUUUACUUCCAUUUUUCAGAUUUCUACCAACAAGAGUAUGAUUGCUUCAUUUUUAUGGGCUGGGGUGAGAUAGAAACAUUUCUUUCCAAACAGCAUAAAUGGCAUGUCAUUUUCGGUACAGAGCAAAAUGCACCAGGUUAAACCAUGUUUACUAUCUGGUCUUUUUUUAUGGGUUAUACAUUUUUUCCAUCUGUUGGAAAUAUGUGCAAUCUUAUGAUUUGAGAAAGAAAGAACCCUGUGUAAUUUUGGUGGUACUUUUUCUCCUGAUUGUGUAAUUUAUUUUUUUAUAUCUAAAUAUAUUUUAAAUCCAAGAGCUGUACUAAGAGCACUUUGUCACAUUGUAAGAACUUCUAUAUGCGAGAUGUGUGCUGAAAAGGGUGGCACCUAUUUAAAAUUAUCAUAUGUACAGUGAGAAUAUUAUAUAUUAGAUGUAUGUAUAUAUUGAACAUUAUAUUAUAAUGUGUUUUUUUUAAUAAAAUGCAAUUCUAAUG